CUGGUCAAGUUCAGUGCGCUGUUCCCUGGACCCGGACGGACGCCUCUUAUUGGAUAGGUUGCCUCGGUUACAUCACGGCGCCGGUGACGCGCACGUCUUCCUGUUUCCUUCAGCCGCGUCUUAAAGUGAAUCUUAGUGGUGGAGGAGCGCUCCAGCAUCCAGUCCUCCUCGUCCAGUCCUCCUCGUCCAGUCCUCCUCAUCCAGUGCGCCCCGGAGACGCACACACUGGCACACACUCGCUGCCUCUCUCUCUCUCUCUCCCUCUCGCACUCUUUCUAUGUCUCUCACUCUUUCGGUCUCCGCACAGGAUCGAGGGAGACACCGACGCGCAAGAGCUCUUCCCAUCAUCUGCGUUUCCCCCCGUUUUGCUCCUUCUUCUGCGAGACCUUGUUCUACUCCAGCACCCAGCGAGCGGCCGAGGUUCUCCUCUCUUUUUUUGUCCGCAGCAGGAGUUCAGGUUGUCCCCCCUCUUCAUCUAAAGGAUACUCAGAGGCUUUGAUCCAAGUGGACCAGGUUUGUGGGAUAUGGCCCAAUAGCAGCAGCCCGUGAUGCCGGACCAUGACAGCGACUCCCUCCUGAACAGACAGACGAAGCGAAGACGUGUGGACAUUGGUGUUAAGAGGACCGUGGGCAGCACAACCUCCUCCACAGCGGCAGCCACAACAGCAACCACUGAUAACAUUGCCCGCGCCAAAGCAGCCAUUUUCUGUGCCAUGAACUCUCUGAGCUCCCACUCUCACCACGGAUCAGACACCGACUCCAUGGAGUGCUCUGUAGUGCAGCCACAUGGUGGGCCUGGCGUGAUUUCAGCAAACGACAAUGAGUCCAAGUCCAAUGUACUCCGAAAGCUACUGAAGAGGGCCAACUCAUAUGAGGACGCCAUGAUGCCCUUCCCUGGCACCACCAUUAUCUCUCAGCUUCUCAAGAAUAACAUGUCUAAAAAUGGAGGAGGACCCGAGAGGGGUGAAAGAGGAGACAGGGGUGAUAGAGGGGAAUCAGGCUUCCCUGGAUCAGGGCUCUCCAAUGCAAGUUCAGAUGCUCCCCAGGAGGAUGCCUGCAGUAACUCUUCCCAGGACAGCACCCCUCAAGAGUGCUUGUCACCAUUCGGUCGUCCUCCUGGCCUGGCCACCUUUGACAUCGAACGUCUCAAUGAUGAACACCUGCGUGCCAAGCGAGCCCGCGUAGAGAACAUUAUACGUGGUAUGAGCCAUUCACCUAGUGUGGUGGUACCUGCUGCUUCCCGUCAUGACCGUGACCAUGAGAUGGAUAGAGAGCGGGAGAUAGAGCUAGACUGCCCACCUCCUCAGUCUCAGCAACAGGCCCCCAGCAGUCCACGGGGAGGAGAGAUGUGCAGCAGUAGUAGUAGCAGCAGAGAGAACAAGCGUAAGCAGCGUCUGCCUCAGCAGCAGCAGCAGAGCUUCACCCAGCUGGUCUGCCAGAGGAAGGAACAGAAGCAGGAGGAGCGACGGCAACUGAAGCUGCAGCUGGAGGACAUGCAGAAACAGCUACGCCAGCUGCAGGAGAAGUUUUUUCAGAUCUAUGACUCAACUGACGACUCAGAACACACCGACCUCCAUAAUGAUCUCCACAAUGACAUAGGAAACAUGUCUGAGGACAGCCCAGGCAGGUCUGACACUGGCGGCGAUGACCGGGUUGGAGAUGACUUGCGCUCUGACAAUGAGAUGUCUGACCUGGACCCGGGACAUUUCCUGGACAGGGCACGGGCAUUACUUCAGCAGCAGGCCCUGCUGGCUGACGGAGAGAAGCAAAGAAGAGAAGGGGUCAGCCGGAGCAAAGGACAGGGCGGUCCAGGCUCCUUGAUGCAUGCUGAAGGUAAACAGCUGGCCGAAACACUGAAGCAGGAACUCAAUUCAGCCAUGACCCAGGUAGUGGACACAGUGGUUAAGGUGUUUGCCAAACCUCCUCGCCCUACACCCCAGCAGGCCUUCCCCCCACUUUCCAUACCUCCAGAAAGAUUUCCCACCACUGUUAAUGGAGACAACCCCAAUUUCCACACCCCCAACCAGAGGCUGCAUUGCUUCGGUGAUGUUAUAAUUCCCAAUCCACUAGACUCCUUUGCCAGCAUGCCUGGGCUGCCAGGCCCCACACAUGACCAAACCGAGGCACUGCCCUUAGUCGUGAGGAAGACACCCAAUGAGCACCAGCACCACCACCACCACCAGUCUUCAGCUGUGGGUGCCCACGGCGGUCACCACCACCCCGCCCUUCACCCUUCCUCGCUUUCUGCCUCCAUGGGCUUCAGUCCCCCAUCUUUUAGACACCCCUUUCCACUGCCUCUCAUGGGCUACCCUUUCCAGAGUCACCUUGGCGGACCCACAGGUGGCUACACAGGCAAGGACCGUUCCUCUCCAGACUCGAUGGACCUGUCCCGAGAGACCACCAGUCUGAGGACCAAGAUGGCAUCCCAUGGUCACCACAUGGGGCACCACCAUCGCUCUUGUUCAUCACCAUCGCACCCUGGAAGCACAGCAGAGGGUCUGUCCCUGUCCCUCAUCAAGUCUGAAUGCGGGGAUCUGCAGGACAUGUCUGACAUCUCACCUUACUCCGGCAGCAAUAUCCAGGAGGGUCUCUCCCCCAAUCACCUGAAGAAGGCCAAGCUCAUGUUUUUCUACACCCGCUACCCGAGCUCUAAUAUGCUCAAGAUAUUCUUCUCUGAUGUCAAGUUUAACCGCUGCAUAACCUCCCAGCUGAUCAAGUGGUUCAGCAACUUCAGGGAGUUCUACUACAUCCAGAUGGAGAAGUUCGCCCGGCAGUCCAUCAACGACGGGGUCACCGGAGCCGACGAGAUGAGCAUCAGCCGGGACUGCGAGCUUUUCCGAGCCCUGAACAUGCACUACAACAAGGCCAACGACUUCGAGGUCCCUGACCGCUUCCUGGAAGUGGCAGAAAUCACACUGAGAGAGUUCUUCAACGCCAUCGUGGCGGGCAAAGACGUAGACCCAUCCUGGAAGAAGGCCAUCUACAAGGUCAUCUGCAAACUGGACAGCGAGGUCCCCGAGGUCUUCAAGUCCCCCAACUGUCUCCAAGAGCUUCUACACGAGUAAAGUUCUCCUCCUCGUCCUCCUCCUCGCUCGACGCUUUGCGCUUUUUAAAUUUUUCUCUGAUUUCGUAGAAAUUUCAGAAUGAUUUUUGCUCUUUUGUUUUGUUUUCAUUUCCUUUUCACUGACCCUACAUUUGAUUUCCAGUUUAUUUUUUGAAUGUAUGAAAGUUAUGAAGUAGCAUUCCCAAUCUGAAGCCUUUGUGGCAGUUCCUAAAUGAUCUAGCUAUUGUGUUGUUGUUCUUCUUAUAUGAUAAUUAUCAUGAUGGUUAUUAUUUGUUUUGUUUUUUUUAAGAUUCUGAUGAACUGAAGAGACUCUAAUCUUUCUGGGUGUUUUCUGGACUGUGUGAUCCCUAAUCCGUUUAGGCUUGUUAUAUGAUCAACACUAACUAAGUCCUCAGUCUGUGAAAGGAGUUCUUGAGUUCCCAUUUACACUACUAAGAACAUAGGCUGGGUUCCUUAAAGACUUUAUUCAAUUAUGGCACCCAGCACUUUUCCUCCAAAAUCCAGUGGGUGUCCACAUGAACUUUCCCUGCAAAGACUGUGCUACUAUGGAUGUCCCUCAUAGGACCGUCAUACACACAUUCACACAAAAACAAGGCCUAGUGAGUUUAUGACUGGAUUAAGACUGGACUGGAGGUACUGGUCUGUACUGGUCUGUACUGGUCUGUGGGACUUGGGACUGUUUUUAAAUAGCUACUGAGCUCUACCAUGUUUUGAAGUGUGUUUUCCAGGCAAGUAGGGCAUUGUGUUUAUUGGGUGUACAUUAUUAUUUUGAUUAUUAUUAUUGUUGUUUAUUAUUAUUAUUAUUUGUCAUCAUUGCUUGCUGAAGAUUGGCACUUCACAAUUUGUUUGUCCUUUGAUGCCGCUGCAGAAAAAAAUAAAUUAUUGCUAUUAAUUUUAUUCCACAAGAGUUUAGAUUCUGAAAUAUUUCUGCGCCCCAUUUUCCAUCCUUCUCCUUACUCCUCUUUUAGUCUGUCCAUUCCUAACGUGGACUUUGGUUUUUAUUCCAUUUUUGGUGGUCAGGGUUCACUUGCCUAGAAGUGGUGCACUGGGGUUUUAUAGUUCCAAGCCUAUCCUGCACACAACUAGUCUGGGAACAAAGCUGCAAAAGGAGCUAAGCGGCAGAUACAAAUGAAGUAAACGGUGCAGAAGUACAGAGGUGUGGAGAAGCGUGACCAUUUGGUGCACAAUGCAAAAGUUUUUCCGCGAGGUAUCCAGCACUAAAUCGUACUCAUCUAGUUUUCUGGUCAGGAUUGAUGAACAUACUGACUGCUUACUUUUUUGCCUUUUAAAGAACUCAGUAAUUAGCUCAUGCUUGAGAUGAAGGGAUAGCCAGCUUAUAAUGGCAAUAGCAUUUGAUACUUGAAUAAAUCUGAAUACUGUGAUAAUCUACAGUAGAGUUGCUUAAACAAUAAAUAACCAUAAGGAAGAUAAUUCAUGAAAACCCAGACGUUCAUUAAUUUUGCUUGCAAACAACACACACGCACACACCGCUCCUUCAUGUUCACCUGCCUUUGAGUUAUCUAGCUCUACUCUCAAUACAACAAUGGUAGGUCAAAGGUAAGCACUCACCCCAGGGGUAGAUGGAGAAGCUCUCAUCACUACAAAGAGAGCGGACAAAGACGUAGAGCGAUACACACCUGAAACCCUCCGCUCUUGUCCCACCAUCCCACGCUGGCAGCUUCUAACACCCAAAGUACGAUUCUGUUGAUGCCAAUGUGUGCCCAGGUUGUUAAACACCAUUCCUUUCACUUUUACCUGAGAUGCUAAUCCCAGAUUUUCCACUUGAUUUGUACAAUGUAAAGCGAGUGUUUUAUGACUUUCAUCGACCCUCUCAGGCUUUUAAGAUUUCUAAGAAGUAGUUAGUGUUAGCUGGCCUUUUGAUGAGGUAAGUUUGAAGCAACGAGAGGACUUGAAUACUUUGUGAGCUCACCGUUGAUCUCACGCCGGCAACGUUGGCUCAUAGUGUGUCUGUGAUCAAAAGAUCAAAAGGGGGCAGGUUGCUUAACCUGCGGACUUGUCUAAGUGAGACAAAGCACCUGACAAAAGGAGGCAGAGAAAGACAGAGAGCUACUCCCAUCAUUAUGUGGCACCUUCUCCGCCUCCUCCCCAGACAGUGUUCUUCUUAAGAUCCGGAGCCCUGAGAGACCGGGCUGGACACUUUUCUCACUGAAGGAUGGGCUCGGCCCUUCAUGUCUCGGAGUCUCAAAGCACCAGCCAAGGGCUCUAAAGCGCCACAAACAAAGGAGAAGGGAAAGGACACUUUUAUCUGAUGCGCAGAUUAUUAUCGCGCCCCAUCCUCCCCCUUCCUGCAACCCCGCCCUGAAGUUAAAGAGUUCCUGCGCCUAAAAAGAUUACUUCAGGAUAAUGAAGACUUAUGUGCAAAAAAAGGAUUAGCAAGACCUUAAUACCGAGCUAAAAAUAUUUUUGUCAAGUUUUCCUUUUCUGGCGUCAUUUGAUUUUUAGGACAUCGUUAUUUAAAUACAUAUACAUUAUAGCCUUUUUUUAAGAAAUGUAAAAUAUGAAUCUAUGAAAAAAAUAUAUACUGUAGUGGAAGUUCUUUGAAAGGCACUGUUAGCAAUUGUUUCAUAAAAAGAAAUCUUGAGGAUAUUUUUUGUGACGGCUUUGUUUCAAUCUGUAUUCUGAAUAAGUGAGUUGAUGGUAGAUUAGGAGCAAUAGUUGUAGGUUUUUUGCAGGUUUUGUGACCAGUUUUCCUUUUUGGUUUCUUUACCUUUUGUAUUGUGCUGAAUGGCUGUCUUCUUGAGAUCAGAAAAUAAACUUGGAAUCCAUUUUCAGAGUAUGAAAUAUUGUCGUCGAUGCUGUAAAUACUGUCAGGAUGAAACAAAGAAUAGCUGUACAGUUUUUCUAUUAUCUCUCAGAGUGCUAGGGAAGGGCAAGAGUGGUUAAAAAAAAGAGGGUGGAAAAAAGAAAUGACCCAUUCUCUCCAACUGAACUCAUAACCACUCCUCCAAAAACCCACAGAGGAGACUUUUUUUUGUUUUGUUUUUUCCCCCUUGCCAUGCCUUUAAUGGGGCUCUGUUUCCCGUCGGCAGUGCCCUUGAAGUUGCACCAGCAUCCGUUUCUUUAAUAUUUGCUGACAGAACGCUGCAUAAGGCUAGUGGUCGGGUAAUGAUGAUGUCACAGAGCGUUCCCGUUGGCAGUCUGCGGACCAGCUUACGUCCAAAAACAAGGGCAGUCUGCCACCGACGUAGCUCUAGAUUUGACCCGGGAGAGAGACAGGAACUCAUUGUCAUCAGAAGACGAGUGUCAUGGAGGGGGCACAUGUUGUACAGUCACCGUGUAAAAAAAAUUAAGGAGAGAGAGAUAGAGAGAGAGAGAGAGACUGCAGACAGGAGAAAAAAAGUGAUUUAUAACCUUUUUUACUGGGUUCAAACAGUUGGGAAAAGUUUGGACUUUAUGGAAUUUCUGUACGCUUUGCAUUGUGCUUGUGUUUGUGUGAGUGUGUGUCUGUGUGAGAGAAAAGACCGAUUAUGAGAACCUGUGAACCAGUGAGUGACACAAUUCUCAACACUGUGGCCCCACCCCCACCCCUGGGAGUACCAUCCUGACAUGUAAAUGAUUCUCAUUAAGCGUUGGCAACGUGUGUUUGGUAUGUGUGUGUGUGUGUGUGUGUGUUUGAGUGUGUGUGGAUGUGUGUCAUGAUAAUUUCCUCUGAUUUGUUUUCUGACCUGUGUGAAAGGGGUUUUGUUUCUCUAUGCUUUCAGUAGUAAUUCUUUUUUAUUAUUAUUACAUUGCUCCUCUUUUUUUGUAAAUAUCAAAACUUGGACUUACAGUGAUACAUACUGCCUUUGUAUAACUUAGCAAUAUGUUAUGUACAUAGUGUUUUGUUGAUGCUUUUUGUAUAACAUUAUUAUUCGAUUUUAGUGCAGUAAUUCCAACUGGAACAGCCAUGUUUGAAAUACAGUCUGAAUAAUUACACACAGGUUGUAAAAUAAAACUCACGAUAUGGCUGCUUUUUUUUCUUUUAUUGGUGUCUUCUUGUCUUGCAGAUUUUGUGUAAUUUAUUGGUUUAAUUUAUCCUAAUUUAUUUGAUGUUGUUUUCUUUUGUUUUUCAAACAGGGAAGGCUGUACUGCAUUUCAUUAAGUAGAACCAACUUAAAAAGAUUAUGAUCCAUAGACACCUGAAUUUGAAGUCAGAAAUAUUGUACUCUAGUGUGCACAUUCAAUUGACAGAAAUUAUUAAAUGGAGAUCAUGGCAGCUAAA